AUGCAAAGCCUCUCCGUUCAAGAACAGGCCGCGCGGCCAAGUCAGGGACAACGCCUCCCCAAUGAGCUUCUGCUUCAUGUCGUCAGCUUCCUUGAACCAGCAGGGCCCGAGUUUUUACCCCCCGCGCACCCAACGACCAAGACGCUGAUGAUACUUAUGCGCCUUUGCAAAACAACAAAUGAGGCUGCUAGCGCUAUAUUUACCCGGCACUGCAUCUACCUUGACUCGGAGGAUCGCACGCUGAGGUUUGCGAGAUGCCUCUCUCUCGCCAGCUCUCAGUCGAUGCCAGGACAUAGGUCGCCGUUCGUGGGCAUAACAUCCAUCUUCAUGGAGUCUUUUCUGCAAUACACGGACGAGGUCGAGGGAACACUGGCUUUGGUGAAACCUAAUUCCUACGACCCAAGCGAUCUCACUCAGGAAGGCCACAAUGAUAGCAUGGCUGGAGAAGUGGAGGAAGAAAACAAUGAUGAAGCAGAACAGGUUGACGGAGAUGGAGCUGACGACGGAGAUGAUUUCGCGGUACUAAGUCCAUGUCCGCACCCACAAAUUAACGAUCUGCCGGUGGCGACCGCGGUCCAGGACAUCUUUAUUGCAGUCGCGCCCACGCUACGGAGGCUCAUUGUGAACAUCCCUCUCCGCUCCCUCUACCCAGAAGAGGACCAAUUAGGAGUGAAGGCUGUCUUGCGGCGUGGAUUCGAGGCACUCGUGAACCUCGAGGAGUUUGCUAGUCUCCAGGACGAACUGUAUGUGGGAACUGAAACGGGCCCCCAGGCAAUUGAACAGGAGGAGGUUUGGGCAACGCGCUGGCCAAAACUUCGCCGCCUAUAUCUGUACAACCCUUUAAUCGAGGAAGAAUUCUGGUACGACGUGUUACGCAGCCCCAACUUGGAAGUUGUCAUAGUGGGUCGACCUGAUGGCAACAGUUCGGAGCCUGCGGAUGUCAAGCGCCGAUGGAUUUCCGCUCUCGAGGGUAAUCCCUUCACCGGGGAUGUUUACAAUGAUGCAAUACGUCCACUCACGUAUAUCAAUGUCGAUAUAGCAGGCCAUCAGCCGUCACUACUGGAUUUUCGCUCCGCUUGGAAUACGUUGGAUCCUGAAGAGUGUAUGCGAGUACGAGCGGUUGACGCGUCGCCUCAAGUCUGGUUGGCCGAACUCGGCAAUACGGCAUUGGUAGAGCCUUGUCCGAGAUGGUCGGUGAAAUUUUGGUCGAGGAAGCAUAGUCUUAAAGGCACGCUCUGGGAUGAAAACGCCAUUGGCGCAUAUAAUCCUCUGUCUGUGGAAGAGUAG